UCGGAAUUGUCGUGCUCUCCACAGAUCUGUAGGUUUAUACAGGGACCAGUAGGAGCGACGGAGUAUGAGAGUUGAAGAAGAAAUUCGGAUCGGUCUUGCCCAAUCUGCGGUGUGUUGAGGGAACGUCGUUCCAAUCUCCAGGAUUACUGCCGAGUAACUAAGGACAAAUGUAGCCGGUUUGUGGAACAUGACGGGAACUUGUCUCUGUUCACGCACUACGUUGACUUUGGUUACCUUGUUUUUCUUUAUUUUCUCGACAGUAUGCACCGUGGGCAGCCGCGAGCACAAGGCGUAUAUGUGGCAAAGACGUUCUUGGGCUCUCUGUCGAGCACUCAGGCAUGGCCUAGAAGCCCUCGCAGGAUCUGACUUUCGCUGUUCAAGGUCUGAUUAUGGGGAGAAACUUCUAUCCUAUAGCUUGGACACCGUCGUAGCUAUCGAGCUGCGAAUUGAUUUGCAAAGAAACUUUUGGCGGAACUUACCUAUUUCGGAGUUUCCUACCAGCAUAACCGUAGACGACCUCGCAGAAUCAUUUUUCAGAAGACAAAGACAGUCUUGGAAUGUAAGUGAAAUGAUUCGUGGCCCUGUUAGACAGUUUUUCGACCAGUAAUCGAGACUGCUUUGACUCCAGUGAUGCUUUUUCUAAUAGAUCUGAUUUUUAUUCUGCACUGUUGGACCGUCUCUUGAAAGAUUGCGAAACCUGGCUUCCAGCUGGAAAAUGGAUCAUGGGCGGGUGACAUACGUGGAGGGGGCCU